CCUGCUAUCACCGACAUGACAUUACGGAGAAAGAAUUUCUGGACUCCUCCUUUGGGGCUUAGACUCUGAGCUUUUUGGUCAUGAGUCUCUUCUUCAUGUUUUGUGAAGAAACUUUAAAUUCUAUUUAUUAUAACAUACAUCCCGCUUGAGAAUCUCUUAGAAAUACUAGUCUAUUCCUUGUUCAUGAUACUUCGGGAUAGCCCGCAAAAAUAUCAUAUAAGCCAUGCAAAGCUCAAUUGAAGCAAAUCACACAGCACCCCAAUGGGUCAUCACGCCCAGGCUAUGUCUACGACCUGUCAAGCUUUCCGAUAUAGAGGCCAUCCAUAAUAUAUGCAAGCUGGAAGAAGUAGGAAGAUGGACGUAAGAUUCCCCAUAGCCUUCUGAUGGAGCAUGAAAUUAAUUCUUCUUUCUGUUACAGAAAAAUGGGCAGAGGACUGACCUUUGCGGAAACUGAGAAUCUCGUUUCCUCUGGUCUUCUGGAAAACAAUCCAAUUGGUCAAGCAAGGAGUAUCCAUGUAGUGUUCUUGCGUCCCGAAGCCCUGAAAGGCGUCGAUGAGCACCUGCAAUCCAUUCUCGAAACCGACAUUGUAGCAACGUCGACAUCGACUAAGUCACUGGUGCCUUCUUCUGAUACAGUGAUUGGAAUUGUUGGAGCCUUCGAGCAUGCAAAAGUCGCGUACAGAUUUCACCCGGCGACUUGGGGCCGCGGAUACGCUACAGAAGCCCUCAAAGGAUUUUUGAACUGGUUUUUUGCCCGCCAUACUGAGCUUCAAAGCGUGGUGGCCAAGGUUUUCGAACAUAAUAUCGCGAGCGGCCGGGUUUUGGAGCGCUGCGGAUUCAAGUACGAGGGCCAGGAGCAGUCUCAAAAUCUUUGCAAAAGCGAUCCACUCACUGUAUUGUUAUACAGAAAGUUCAGAGACCUAACCCCCGAGAAGCAAGAGAGUUCAACCUUGAACUAAAAGCAUUGGUCGAGCCGUUUAUUUGGAACUGCAAAAAGCAUUAUCCUUCAAGAGUAUCGUUCAAU